AUGGCGAUGAAGAUGAAGAUGGCGGCAGAAAUUAAAAGAAGAAAUCAGGAGCCAUGCGAAGCCAUGCCUAGAGCGCCAUACCUUACCCAACAUCUUAUUGUUGAAAUACUCUCAAAACUGCCGGUGAAGGCUCUGUUACGAUUCAAGUGCGUGUCAAAGCGAUGGCGCUCUCUGAUCUCUGAUCCCCACUUCAUCAAAGCCCACCUCAAUCAAUCACUCACCACGAAUUCCAACAUCCAAACACAGCGGAUACUGGUAGCCACUCCCUUCUGCCCUCUUCGUGUCUAUACGGUAAGCUUCGGGGGGUCAUCAGAUAAUGACGACGACGACAUUGAUGUUGCAUAUGGUGUUAUAUCGAAGGGGGCGCAGCUGAAUGGAGCCAUUCAUUGGGUUUGUUUGGAGGGUUCAGACGACAAGCCAUCAGAGAUUGCUGUUUUUCGAUUGGAGGAUGAGAAACUUUGGACCAUUCCUUUGCCUGCUGCGGCUUCCAUCACCAGUUUUAAUGAUGCAGUGGAACUAGGGGUGUUUGAUGGAUGCCUUUGUAUAGUAGCAUGUGGUGGUGAUAAUGCAUUCUGCUGGGCUAUGAGGGAAUAUGGGGUGAACCAGUAUUGGGCUAAACUCCACAUUAAACUUCCAUAUUAUUUCCAUAUGUUACAGCCAUUGACUACCUUGAGGAGGAGGAAUGAUGAAGAAGAAGAUACCUGUUUGAUAGACUUCGAGAAGUUUGUUUUAUACAACACAAGAGGGAACUUCUAG